CUUGAAAAGUAUAUUAAUUAUUUGAAGAAAAAACUUGUAUCAGAAAUAAUAAGUUAUCAAGAAAUUUUAAACCAAGCCAUAUAUCAGAAAUCUGAACAGUCCAAAGAUGAUAAGAAAGAUGAUAAU